UUCUCUGCCACGGCAAGCCACUCCUUUCCCGCCCAAGCUUGGGGCGUAGUUGAUCAGCGGAGCUGCUGUCUCAGGCCCAUCGGCACCUCUUCGUCCGCCGACGCACACCACUCAUUCCAGCUCGCUCAUUGAUAUAUCUUCAUCCCUCUGCUCGACCAAGAGCAUUCCGGCCAACCUUUGUCUGUCAACCAAACUGUCACUCCUUCCAACCGUUCUGUAUCUGUCGACACUCUUCAACAACCAACAACACCACCACCACCACUACCGGCGGAAAGAAACACCUGCCCUUCGCCAGACACAGCCUCAUCAUCGCCAAGAUGCUUCAGUUCGAUACCGAGUACAGGUUCGACAUGGACGAUGCCUUCAGCAUGUGCAACCAGUCCAUGGCCUGCCCUUCCACAACCAACAGCUUCUCCUCCGCCUCGUCAGGCUUCGAGGCCAUGACACCCAUCUCUUCACGACGAUCGACACCCAACGAGUUCAACUUUGAGCAGCCCGGCUACACAGCGAACCACGCCAUCAACAUGUCACCGUCCGCCGCCACCGACUCGAUGGCCAAGUACUUCCCCCACCAGCACAUCAAACAGGACCCCGAGCAGCUCUUUUACCCGCUGCCCAUCACGCCCAUGAAGAAGUUCAACCCCAUGCCCACGGACUUUGAUCUGUUGGACUUUGGCAUGGGCCAGCCCAUGGGCACCCUCACCCCAUCACAGUCCUUUGGCGUGCACCAUGUAUCGCCGCAGACCAUGUUCCCCACCUCCUACAUGAUGACACCCACACACAGCAUGGCAGGUAGCGAGAGGUCAGACUCGGCCUCGUCAUGGUCCGUCAUCGAGAGCCCACACGGCAGCACCUUCAAGGCGGAGGACAUCUUCCAGGACGUGCCCAACUUUAGGCUCGAUCGUCAGACUCCCUCGCCCAUGAGCCAAGGACGCUUUGGGGAGCCUGAUUCCCACCAAGAACACCUCCGCAGGCAGCGCAAGCUUGAGUCCCGCCGGGCACAACGCAACACUGCACAGCCUCGUCGGGCGACGGGGAAAGACCACAAGCCCGCCUACGAGUGCAAGAAGAGCAUUGAUGUGGCCAAGAGCCCCCAGUUCUUCUGCGACUUCAUGGGAUGCUCCAAGAAGUACCAGAGGAACGAGCACCUCAAGCGACACAAGUCAACUGCACACGGAGAAGGCGCCCCCAAAGGUGUUGGUCCUAUGCUCUACACGUGCGAGUGGUGCGGCAAGUCUCAGAACCGCGAGGACAACCUCGCCUCCCACCGCCGGCUACACGCCCGUCCCAACAACCGCAAUCGAGGUGUCGAGUUCAUUCCAGAGGCUGUGCCCAUCAUCGAAGCCGAGGAGCGAGCACGCAAGCGCCGCGUCACCGCCAAGGCUAAGGAGCUGCGCGAUGCCGGCAUGAAUGCGGACGCCGACUACGUCGAAGCUGAUGCCAACAAAUACUACUUCUAAGGAGUUGUUUUUGUCACACACUCUUUUCUUUUUUUACAUUCUAAUUCUAUGGACAUACGGGUGCUUCGGACGG